UUUAAUGUCACAGUUGAAUUAGACUAGCUCAAAUCAAAAGAAUUUAAAAUGCUGAACAUCCGUCAAAACACAGGGAAAUUUUAUUUUCAAUUUUUUCUUCGCUCUUCACUCUUCACUCCAGCUUCCCCCACUCCACUCCCACUCCCUAGUUUCUAGCAGGGCACGGAGUAUCUUCUCCGUGGUUGGUUCAAGCAGCCAGCUUCAUUGAUUGGAAACUAUUUUGAAUGAACGACUGAUUGAUUGAUUAAUUGUUCUGCGUUUGUUAUGUGUUUUUUCAUGAUUUGAAGGCAAAUCCUUCUUUACUGUCUCGAAGUUUGCCAAUUCAGCUUAGUGAUAACGAAGAAGUAGGUUAGAAUCGUCUGCUGUGUACACUCAGUUCUGCUGCUAACUGAGCUCUCUACCCCAGAAGAUGGACCGAAUUCAUGUUUUGGAAGAAAAAUUGAGGGAGAGUGCUUGUGUUGGCGAUUUAGAAACACUACAAAUCCUUUUGCAGAAGGGGGUAGAUGUCAAUGCCAUGCAUGACAUCAAUGGAUGCUUUGCACUGGGCAGCCAAACGUGGUCAUCGAGAUAUUGUUGAAACAUUACUGGCCCAUGGAGCAGACCUUUCUCUCCGUAACAAGAACAAGGAUACUGCUCUCUCUUUAUGUUCUAACCCAGAAGUUCGAAAAAUUUUGCACAAGGGAGUGGAUGAAGACAUGUCUGCUGAACUUCCAACUGAGUCUCGACUUCCUAUCAUCCCAAAUUACUUAAGAAAUCCACCACUAGCUGACCAUGUAGACAUCCAGGAGACCCGACGUUCAACUAUAGUCCCAGAAAGGGUUGUGCCAACAACUAAACAAAAUCCCCUUCCUGAAGAGUUGGUUUUGAAAGUGAGAGUUGCAAAUUGUGGCGACCCUGAUUUUAUUGAAGUGGAAUUACCAAUUGCUGAUUUAACAUACUCCAGACUUCUACGCCUCUGUACAGAUGAACUUGAUGUUAAUCCUGCUCAUGUUACGAGACUUAGAAAACUUCCAAAUACUAUUAUUCGAAAGGACAAGGAUGUUGCUCGUCUGAUAAAUGGACAGGAACUAGAACUUGUGGUACAGCCUGAAGGAACCACGAGGCUAGUACCCUGUAGUAAUGGGUUGUUAAAGAAAAUUCCUGGCUCAAAUGCCAAUGGAUACCAGUCAAUUUCUCUCAAUAAAAAUCAAACAAUCCUGUACUAGUAGCAUUUAUAUGAUUUGUAAAUAAUACUCUUUA